GAGUGAAAUUAGAACCCGGGCCUCUAAAUAUUACCCCUGGGGGGAAUAGGGGGGGGGAAUAGAAGGGAAAAGAGGUAAUAGAGGGAAAAGAGGGGAUAUUGGAGGGAAAAGGGGGGAUAGAGGGAAAAUGGGGGGGGGGGGGGGAAUUGAGGGGGGGGAGGAAAAAAGGGGGGGGAAUAGAGGGAAAGGGGGGGGGGGGGGUAGCAGGGAAAAAAGGGUAGGGGGAGGAUAGAGGAACAACCAAAAUUUUAACAGAAGCAGAACACAUAGAGAAAAGACGGUGCAAAUUAAAAGUCUUAAAGUCUUCGAUUUUCGGGCGGUAUAGGGCAUAACUCUCUAAAGCACAAUUCCGAAGAGGAAUAUCUGUAGAAAAGGAAGAUUGUAGAAGAAGCGCCAAUUCCCUUCCCUGUUUUUCGUACUCUAACGUUCACCAACUCUAAAAAAUUGGGAAAAGAGCAAGGAACGGAAGAAAUAGUAUAGCCAAUUUAAAUAACCGCUUUAUGCACAAUUUAUUUAAACAUUAUGCCAAGAAAUAUUUUUUUCUAAGAGUAAACAGCUGAUGGGAUUUUUCAAGCUUUUAUGGUAGAAGAGAUUGAUCGUGUAGAAGAGGAGGAUUCCAAUUUUCUUCCAUGUCAGAGUUGGCAAAUUACUCCCGAUCCAAUUGUUAUUAGAGGAAUAGGAAACUUAACGUUGUUCGGACUCAAUUCGCGUUUCUCCUCAGAAUUUCCAUGUUCACUAAAAGGAAAAUUGGCACCAGAAGAAUUUCAGGACACAAUGGAUCGAAUUAAUUUUGUUUUGCAAAGGAACAUUCAUUCACAUCUGCGUUGGCUAAUUUGUGGUUUAAUUUUUUGUUGUUGUAGUAUGGGUAUUUCUUUGUGGCCGGUGAUUUAUUUGAAUAAAGGAGUAAGUCUUGAUUUUUAUUUGGUAUACAGGGGGAAUCUCUGUUGGGGAAUCUCAGCAAGCUAA